AUGAUGUUUAUUUUCAUUUUUCUUCAUCAAUAUACCAAGUAUCCUACAUUGGAGGGCCAUCCUACAUUGGAGGUUUGUAGACCUGUCAUUCAUGGCUAUGGACAGUCUUCAAAGCAGCAGCUUGAUCAUUGUACAUUGGAGAACGAAUUGCUCUCGGUAUCACCAGAUGGCAGAAAUGGACCAGAUGCCAACAUGACUAAAUCAUCUGAAGGUGCCAUUGGUCCUAGACGAAGGGUAAUUGGCCCUGAAAUGCCAUCUGCUGAACUACUUGCAGCUGCAGCCAAAUUAACUGAAGCAGAAGCUGAGUUGAGAGAGGCUGAGUUAGUGGACGAUUCUGAAUUGUUUAUAGGGCCUCCUCCCGCCGCUUUUGUUUCUGAAGUUGAAUCAUCAAAUGAAGCAGAACGAUUUGAAGAGAUUACAAGAAUUAUGGGAGCUGAGGUGGAUAGUCCAUAUGAUAUUCUGGGAGUGAACAAGAAUAUGUCAGCCGAAAACAUGAAGAAAAGGUACUGGAAAUUGUCCCUCAUGGUACAUCCGGACAAAUGCUCUCAUCCACAGGCCCACCAAGCAUUUGUGAAGUUGAACAAGGCUUUUAAAGACUUGCAGGAUCCAGAUAAACGAAAAGCAUUGGAUGAGAAAAUAAAGCUCAAAGAGGAACAAGAGGAAUUCAAGGCGGAAUUGAAAGCAAUGAAAGAAGCUGCACACUGGAGACGUUUGCAAGGUAUAUCAAUGGAGGGUGAUGAUAUACUUUUAGCUGACAUGGAGGCUAAGGUGGAACCUAAAAGAGAUGAAUGGAUGACAACACUACCUCCUGAAAGAAAACCUGGGAUGACCAUGCAAUCAACAAAAUUCAGCAGAAGCUCCAAGGAGGGGCGCGGGGAUACUAGUGUCUGGACUGACACACCAUCAGACCGAGCCCAGAAAGCAAAAAUGAAUUAUUUGGAAGCCUAUAAUGAGGCUUCAGCACUUGCUUCAAAUGAGCAAGAAAGAAAACGAUCCAAUUCAGAUGCACAUUUGGUAGAUGAAGACAACAAAUCGAAGCGGUCAAAGUCACUAGUAGACAAGCAUCAAGAGCUAGCUCAAAAUCGAUCAAAGAAAAAAUCCAAGCAGGAACCAGUUAAAGAAGAAUGGGAGGGAAAGCAUCCAUGGAGACCAUGGGAUCGUGAGAAGGAUUUGACAGCGGGACGGCAAAGUGUGAAAUUGGAUGCUGAAAACAUGGCUCAGGGUUUGUCUUCUAGGUUUUCCUCAGGAUCAUUUCAAAGAAACUUCCUGUAGAGCAUUGAAUCAAGAAUCUAAUUUAUAAGCUGCCAGAAGUCCUGUAUCAGAUUGACGUAAGAUAUCUUUAAAGAAGUGGUUUUUGCGGUCGGCAACUGGUGGAGACUUUCUUUUUCGACAUAUUAAUGACGGAGAUUUAAGUGGGAUAUUUUAACAAAACCGGCAGCGAAGAGCAAUGCUGGCUCUGGGUUGAUGGAAUGUUGCUAAGACUUUUCAAAAUAAACUGGGACUCAAUGGUGUUGAGAGCAAGGAAUGCCCUAAACGCGGAGAAUAGCGAGUUACGCGGACUCAACAAUUCGAUUUGUUAUAGUAGGUCCUGUGAGUUCCUUGUCAUUUUGUCCAGCAAAGUUGCGGUUUAUAAUAGAUGGAAUUACUACCAUCCCGUUAACUGUUAAGAGUUUCCAAGGGUAGCUUGAUCAUAAUUUUUUUUUUCUGGUGUACUUAUUACUGGGUACACAUAAAUGAGUGGAGGAUUCAAAUCUAGAAUUAUUGGAAAAUUUUCAGUGUUAUAUGGUUUUCA